UUUUCAUAUAAAGGCACCUUUAGUUUCGUUCCGAUUUUAGUUUAGCACAUCUUAAAUUCCCAUCAAUUUUAAUUACAAAGUACACAUAUUAUACACCUUUUUUACAAUACUAUUUUUUAUUUUACCAAAUACUUUUUAUUCAACCCCUAUUUCUUUGGGAAAUGGGCAACCGGUUGUCAUUUUCAGUGACGGAAACUGAGCUGGCGCGCCAGAAGUCCGUUGAAGAUAUGAACUUAACGUUAGAUCCACGAGGCAGGGCUGACGCAAUCAUGCUAGUUACCAUUGCAACAGUAUAUGCAAUAGACGCUGCAGCGGUCAUAUUUAUGCUAUGGAACAGGAAAUACCCCCCGCUGAAGGCUAAGAAUCCUUUACACAUGACUUUGAUUGUGGUGGUAUCCAUUAUUUGGUUUGUGGGGGAUCUUCAAGGUAGCGGCCACUUACCCUUGGCAAACACGCCUUUGGCCAAUUGCAAGGUGUUUGGGUUUUGGAUGCGAGUUUUAAUGGGCGUGUGCUUGCAGAAUUCGCUGAUUGCGCUAAGGUCGUACGGGCUGUACCGCGUGUUUGGCCGUUUUCUUCCAUAUCACAGUCUGGGACUAUAUCUUCCAUACGCACUCUAUUGCCUAAUAUUACUCACAUUUGGUAUUGUUGCGCAGGUGCUGGACCCUUCUAUUUCAACUUAUUAUAUUGCGGACCUUGAUCUCUGCGUUUUCCAUCAUGGAUUGCUGGCGGCAAUGUUUGUGCUUUUAUGGGUAACCAUAGUUAUUGGGGGAAUCGUUCACUGGCACAUCCGCGGCAUUAAAAGCUCGUUUGACGAGAGUCGCGAGAUGAUGAUUGCGUACGUCAUUGUGAUUGCUGCGGUUACGCUUUCAACGGCCCUGACUUAUUCAACCCCACUGUAUCAUCUGAACGUUCGUUUGCGUAUAAUCUAUACGUCACUAAACCAUAUUGCGGGAAAUUCAUUGUGGUGGGUCAUUAUGGCAAAGCCCCUCUACAAGUGUCUGUUUGAUCGCGAGCGGUAUCUCAAACAGUGGAUCGGCAAGUUGCGCGAUGACGGACUGCAGAAGGAGUAUAACGUCGAUUCGAACGAAGCAACUGCUGUUGUUCACGGAUUUUCAAGCUCAUACAUCAAACGCAGCACACUGUUGGCAAGCACCAAUGGGAACAAGAAAGGCGGGGAUUUCCAUCCAAUGGAAGACAGCAUUUACAGUGACGGGUAUGAUUCCAGGGACCGUACGAACACCAUUUAUUUCCAGCAUUCUGAAAGCCCACUAACUUUUGACGGUGGAAUUUCAAAUGACCUGGGUAAUUGUUUUCCGUCAGCGGCGGGACAGUAUAAUGGCGAUGUUAUGCUAGAAGUGGCAACACAAUCGUUGGAUUCUGAGGGCGCACGUAGAAACAACUCACUCACACAGGCUUGUCUUACUUCUCCAAGACACCCUUUGAAGUUACCAACCUUGGUGUCGUUUCCUGAGGAUUCAAUCACAAUGCGGCGUAAUCCUGGUGGCAUUCAAAGCGAGAAUUUGGACAAUUAUGAUACAGAAAAGCGUCAAUUGAUUUAGAGUUCAUUAAUAUAUAUAUGGUUAACAAGUAACAAAAUCAUUGUUGGGCG